AUAAUAAAGCUUCUUCCCAAAGUCGUAGUUAUCCACCACACUUUAUCUGACGAAAUUUCUCAUUUGCGAGCAACGGAAAACAGUUUGUUGGAGCGCUUGAUCGGCGAUUAAUCGGCCGCCACGAUGAAGAAGGAAGAUACGGUCAUGCUGAUCAGCGCCGAGGGUUUCGAAUUUGUCAUCGACAGGAAAGCGGCCAUGGUUUCUCAGACGAUCCGCAAUAUGCUCACAGGUGGUUUUUUGGAAACGGAGCACGGAAAGGUAAAUUUUCCGGAGAUAAGCACCACUAUUCUGGAGAAGAUCUGCCAGUAUUUUCAUUGGUCUCUUCAGUAUGCUAGUGGCAAGGAGACUGAGUUCCACAUAGAACCUGAGCUUACGCUGGAACUUAUGAUGGCCGCUAACUACCUAAACACCUGAUCAGGCUCCAAAUACCAACAUCUCUAAUAGUAACCCUUCUUUUCAAUCCCUUUCAAAUUUGAUCAAUUCUAUUAGCCAACAGUUCAUCUGUUUAUCUAAUGUCAGGGAAAGAUUGACGAGGUGUUGCUGUUCAUCUUCUGACAUUUGACAGCCCUUAUAGUAUCCAGUUUCCGUCUUUCUAUUAUGCUUAGCUACAGCCGGGAUGUAGUAAGGUGUUGGUCACUCUGUUAGCUUAGCGAUAUUAUGUCUGAGAAUAUGGCACUUCUACCGUCUGUUAAACGAAAUUAUGAGGAGAUAUUUUAGUCAAAGUGACUGCAUAUAUUCAAACCCUAUAAAUUCGUGUUUGUA